ACCCCCUCCCUCCCCUCCCCAACCAACGAGUCCAACAAGUCGACACGCCUCUCCCCUCCGCAGCCGCAGCCAUGGCGUCCGCCGAAACCCUAGCACGCUCCCCCUCCUCCGACCCGCCCCGCGCCGCCUCGUCGGAGCCCCCGCGCGACGCCUCCUCCGAGCCCCACGGCUCCGGCGCCGGGGACUCCUCCUCCCGCCGCCGUCGCCGCAGCCGCUGGGAGCAUUCCAACGACGACUCCGCCGCCAACAACUCCGGCGGUGAGGGCGGGGCCGGGGGCCGGAAGCGCAAGACGCGGUGGGCCGAGGAGGAGCCGCGCCCGGCCAUCGCGCUCCCGGACUUCAUGAAGGACUUCGCCGCCGAGAUGGACCCCGAGGUGCACGCCCUCAACGCGCGCCUCCUCGAGAUCUCGCGCCUGCUGCAGUCGGGCCUCCCGCUCGACGACCGCCCCGAGGGCGCGCGCUCGCCGUCGCCCGAGCCCGUCUACGACAACCUCGGCAUCCGCAUCAACACCCGCGAGUACCGCGCCCGGGAGCGCCUCAACCGCGAGAGGCAGGAGAUCAUCUCCCAGCUCAUCCGCCGCAACCCCGCCUUCAAGCCACCGUCCGACUACCGCCCGCCCAAGCUCCAGAAGAAGCUCUACAUCCCUAUGAAGGAGUACCCGGGGUACAAUUUCAUUGGGCUCAUCAUCGGCCCGCGCGGCAACACGCAGAAGCGGAUGGAGAAGGAGACUGGUGCCAAGAUCGUCAUCAGGGGGAAGGGUAGUGUCAAGGAAGGGAAGCUGUUGCAGAAGAGGGACCUCAAGCCGGAUCCCAGCGAGAAUGAGGACCUCCAUGUGCUUGUUGAGGCUGAGACUCAGGACGCGUUGGAUGCGGCUGCUGGGAUGGUGGAGAAGCUGCUGACCCCAGUGGAUGAGGUGCUGAACGAGCACAAGCGGCAGCAGCUCCGGGAGCUUGCGGCGCUCAAUGGGACAAUUAGGGACGAUGAGUUUUGUAGGACAUGUGGGGAGCCUGGUCACCGGCAGUAUGCUUGCCCCAAUAAGAUGACCACGUUUAAGAGUGAUGUGCAGUGCAAGAUCUGUGGUGAUGGUGGGCACCCGACAAUUGAUUGUCCGGUCAAGGGCAUGGCUGGGAAGAAGAUGGAUGAUGAAUACCAGAACUUCCUGGCUGAGCUUGGUGGUGGGAGUGCACCCGAGUCCAUGACAAAAUCUGGUGGUCCGAUGUUGGCCCUUACAGGAAGUGGUGGUAGCAGUGGCGCUUCUGCUGGUAGUGGGAGUAACCCGCCUUGGUCUGCUGGUGGUGGUGCGGCUGCCACUGGGGCCAAUGGUAUCAAGAAAGACUACGACGAGACAAAUCUGUAUAUUGGGUACUUACCACCUACAAUGGAUGAUGCAGGCCUGAUCAGUCUGUUUUCACAAUUUGGGGAUAUUGUUAUGGCUAAGGUGAUCAAGGAUCGAAACACUGGGCAUAGCAAAGGAUAUGGAUUUGUCAAGUAUUCAGACGUUUCACAGGCUAAUGCAGCGAUUGCUGCAAUGAAUGGUCACCAUCUGGAAGGCAGAGUUAUUGCAGUUAGAGUUGCAGGCAAGCCUCCACAGUCAGCGCCGCCAGUGUCAGCACCACCAUCAUAUCCUCCUACAGAUCCUGCUUCUGGUGGCUAUUCCUCCCAAUCCUACAUGGGAGCACCACCACCACCUCCUCCACCAGGGAGUUAUGCUCCAGUUCCAUGGGGGAACCCACCACCAUAUGCUUCAUAUCCUCCGCCACCACCAGGCUCUAGCGUCUACAAUCCUGCACCCCCUGCACCAGGUCAUACAGCCCCACCUCCAUAUGGUGUGCAGUAUCCACCUCCACCACCGCCCCCAGCAGCUCCGAUCCCUCCACCAGGAACUGCUCCAUCAAGUGAUGCAGCUCAGAAUUAUCCCCCUGGCAUAACACCACCGAGUUCUGGUGCACCCACUCACCCUGCCCCAACUCCAGUGUAUGCAUCCUCCGGCACACCAAAUGCACCACCAAUGUACCCUCCACCAUCAUAUAGUUAUUCCCCAUACUAUCCUACAUAUCAGCCACCGCCUCCACCACCACCACCAGCAGCUAGUGUCGAUCCCUCUCAGAGUAUUGCAACUGCACCUUGGGCCACCCACAAUGCAGCACCGCCACCACCGCCACCUUUGUCCUCCACCACCAACCAGCCAGCUUCCUAUGGUGCUGAUGCAGAGUAUGACAAGUUUAUGUCAGAGAUGAAGUGAUAUGAGCCAAGCUUGGGUGAUUCUUCGCUCAACAAAGGGCAAAAGGCUUGAUCUUUCUUGGAGCUUAUACCGACCUGAUUUAUUUCUUGUUGGAAGUUUGGGACUCACAUCUUAACCUUGCUGUGUGCUGUUGUGACCAUUGCAGAGGUUGCAUGCUUAAGAAAGCAUGAAGCAUUACUGGCUCAGCAGGCAUCGGAAUAUUUGCUAGUUCCUUCUGGAACUGUUUUAAGGAACCUUUUACUAAUGUUUUUGUUAUGAUAUUUCUUGUCAUUAUUUGGGAUUACCUUGUGAUGUUACUUAAUGCUCUAUUGUUUGAUGACCCUUAUAAGUGUUAUUCUCACUCUAUUGUUCAUAUAUUUCGUUCUUCCCUUCAUUUGGUAAGUGCUAGCAAUCCUCAAUAUCAGGAGGAGAAAAGCUUGCUGCCCCUUGCUGGUUGGUAUAUGAGUAUAUGACUUUGAAAUGCAUGUUUGGCAUCUGAUGAAUCUAUCAAGAUUUCUAUCUUACGUCUUUGCCUAAGUUGUUUGGCAGUUUUUGUGACAGAUUGGCACAGGCAGCCUGAGUUUUUAGUGCUUGAUGAAUAUCAGGUAUAAUGGAGAUGGUGUGAAUUGUUCUGUUGAACCUAACACUUAUAAUUUGUUUUCUUCUUACAUUUCCAACUGACAAAUGCAGUACUGAUUUUCUUACUGUUGGUAGUUGAUGUGUGCAUUAGGCUAUCAAAGCAUUACAUACCAUGCUGGAAAUCUUCGGCGCAGAACUUACAGAUAUAUAUUUUUUAUAUUGCUAAUAUUCUUAACAUUGUUGAAAUUUCUGUUUGUGGUUCAAGUAGGACAUGCCGGCAUGCAGGAUUUAGUCUGGACUGUGCUCAAGUGCAUAUUAUUCAUCUGAAGCUUUGGAUGGUAGUUAGCUGAGAUUAGGUUUUUCAUGAUGUAUUGGAAGGAAGUAGGAUAUUAUUAUAUUAUAUUCUUAUCCUAGUCAAAGGAUGUGAUAGUCAGUCAUCACAAUUAGCAUUAGCUACCAAUAUCACGUUGCAGUUAUGCCAUCUAGCUGGCAUUGCUCCAUAGUUUUGUAGGUGUUAUCUGCUCUAUUUUCCCAUGUCUUUUCAAAGCUUUUUUUCCCAGUGUGCUGUAGACGGAAAGAUGUGUAAGGAUUAAUGGUACAGUUUUUUAUUUUCUAUUUGCUACCUUUAUCCUUUCC